AUGCAGCCUCCACAGCCUCUCAUGCCAUUAGUGAAGUCUCUCCAGAGUCUCCCACUAAAAAUGAUCAGACUAAAGAGUUUAAUAUCAGGAGGCCAGAAUAGAGUAGGAGCUAGUGGCCGUGUAUCCAACUGCAGACACGGCUACCGUGUAUCCAACUGCAGACACGGCUACCGUGUAUCCAACUGCAGACACGGCUACCGUGUAUCCAACUGCAGACACGGCUACCGUGUACCCAACUGCAUACACGGCAAUGCCGGUUUUGUAUCAGGAGGCCAGAAUAGAGUAGGAGCUAGUGGACGUGUGUCCAACUGCAGACACGGCUACCGUGUACCCAACUGCAUAUACGGCAAUGCCGGUUUUGUAUCAGGAGGCCAGAAUAGAGUAGGAGCUAUUGGACGUGUGUCCAACUGCAGACACGGCUACCGUGUACCCAACUGCGUAUACGGCAAUGCCACUUUUGUAUCAGGAGGCCAGAAUAGAGUAGAAGCUAGUGGACGUGUGUCCAACUGCAGACACGGCUACCGUGUACCCAACUGCGUAUACGGCAAUGCCACUUUUGUAUCAGGAGGCCAGAAUAGAGUAGGAGCUAGUGGACGUGUGUCCAACUGCAGACACGGCUACCGUGUACCCAACUGCGUAUACGGCAAUGCCACUUUUGUAUCAGGAGGCCAGAAUAGAGUGUAA